AUAUUAUACACAGAGUCUGUAUAAUAAGUAGGUAACCGGACUGACCUCAGGAAAUGAUUUAUGGGCAAAAUAUGUACAAUUUUUCAUUAGAUAUCUUCAAAGUAGUCCCCAUUGGAGUCGAUAACACGCUGAUACCGGAUUUUCAAAUCCCUGAACGCUCCCUGGAAGUCGGCAACCUCUAUGCUGUCUAGAGCCCUCGUAGCACGUUGAACGUUUUCCAGAGUCCCUAACCGCUUCCUCUUAAGUUGUCUCUUGAUCUUGGGGAACAAAAAGAAGUCCGGUGGUGCCAUAUCCGGGCUGUAAGGAGGAUGUGGCAACGUUACCCUCGACUGUUUGGCCAACUGCUCAGUGACGAGCAGGCAGGUGUGCGACGGAGCAUUGUCGUGAUGGAGGAUCCACGAAUCGGCAAUCCCCGGACGGACUCGAUGAACCCGGGCGGUUAGUCGACGGAGCACCUCUCUGUAGUACUGGUCGUUUACAGUUUGGCCGGAUGGCACAAACUCUUUGUUUACAGUAUGGCCGGGUGACACAAACUCUUUGUGAACGGCCAGUACUACAGAGAGGUGCUCCGUCGACUAACCGCCCGGAUUUUUUUCAAUUUACUGUGUUGUAGAAUAUUAUUAUUGUAAAAUUCAAUACGUACCUGCGUAUCAAGUGGUUGACUUCCAAACUAAGUUACUGUCAAAUAAUUUUGCUUUUUCUAGUAAAAAUGUUUCAUAUCGAUCUUAAAUCCUAUUUACUUCUUUAAAGAUAGGAGAAAUAUCAAAGAAUAGUGGAAAUAACUUUUUCAUUGCCAUAUAUCAAUUAUUUAAUAUUAUUUUUAUUGGGAGCAAUAUGCACAUUAUUAGAUUCUGUUUACCAAUUUAUGGAAUAUAAUACAGAAGAUUAAUAAAUGUGGAUAACCAAAAACAAAUUAUAUUCUAAUCUUAUUAUUCAUAAUAAUAUAUAGGCAACUUACCCUAACCAAAAUUUAUUGAGAUUUCUAUUGGUUACGGUACCGUGCGUAUUGAAUGUACUAAAAAUGAGUAGUAAGUAUAAGGUAAACAGUUAUGAAUGUUAUAUUUUAAGAGAUAACCAUAAUUAAUCAUCAUAUAUAAUUCAUCAUUUUUGUUUUAGAGAAUAAUAUUAUUUUUUGAUGUACUUAUAAAAAAUAUUGAUAAAAUAUGUCGAUAUAGCCAAUCGCAUAGGUAGGUGCUCGUUUCAUUCAAAAUCUUGAGCAAAACGAAUCUCUUUCUUCUUGAAAAGCUCUUCAAAUUCUGACUGUACUUUAAGAGCAUUGGCUGAAGGGAAAAGAUUGAACAAUUCCUCACGUUUAAUAUUUUUAACCAUAUAAUUGAUGCAUUCUUUGCAAAGAGCUGGAAUGAUAUACUUUCGAGCAGCCAGAAACGUUGACAACGCGUUUAAUGUCGAUGAGAAAGUUACUUCACCUGUAUAAAUAAAGUGCCUCAUGUUUUUGAAACCGUCUGCUUCCAUGUCUCUAAUUAUGAAAAUAUCAUCUGGUUUGAUAUUUCUGCUACAAUUUCUACUACCAUUACCACGUUUUGGUGUUCCACUAUUGCCUGUUUUCUGAAACAUUCCUCGAAAAACUUCACUAGCCGCAGCAAAUAGAAAUUUGUGUGCUUUAAAUGUAACUGGAUCUUUCACUUCAAAAAAUGUCACAGCAAAGUGUGAAUAAACUUGAAAUUCGCAAUCAUAAUCGAUGUUGUUUUUUGACAGAUAUAGAAACCGAUUUUUAAAUUCUACAGAUAAGUUGACUUGAUCUUCUGUGUUUGUAGGACUGCGUGCCUCGUCAAGUCCAAAGUCACCAUCUGGAUUGUUUCCUAGAUAUGGAAGAACCUCUUCUAUAUCCGAUGGAUAUAGUCCUGCAACCAUGCCUUUGCGAUAUGUAUUUAAUUGUUCAGUGAUAGUUCCAUUUUCUACGAGAUCCGCCAAUCUACAAAGAAUAUUUGCUGUUUUCCCUAUGAAAUAAGCUUCUGAUUUAUCCAUGACACUCACCAGCUAGCAAAAUAUUAUUCACUUAUAUACACUGGACUGGCUUGUACCGUUUCAAGUUCACUUGUUGAAUAAUACACUUGUAUAAGUUUGAAACAAGACACACUGUUUUGAAUCACUCACGGCUUUGGUUAGUUUGUAUCACUUACAUCAAUCAAUCACAGUUUUUAUCAAAAAAUCACUCACACCUUGUGAUAUGUGAUUGACUGAUUGCUCACACGAUAAAGCUUGGUGCUUGAAGCUUGGAAAAAUAAUGUUCAACCACGUUCGAAAUAACACGGAGAGUUGGAAACAUGACUAUUAUAGCAUUCGGAUUUUGUCUUCUUUCUGUCCCAUUACUGUAGCCUUGUAGGCUACAGUAAUCUUAUCUAUUGGAGAUUAGAGUGAGGCCUACUAUUCAAUGUAUUCCCUUUAGAAAGAGGUCAGAGGACUUUGAUCUAAUCGAAUAGCAUUUCCUCUGUGUUUGUUGUAAACCAACAAAACUAUAUCAAAUAUUUUCUAUUUUGAGUUUUGUUGAUGAGUCGUUUUAAAGAGAGAGCUUUCAAAGACUCAAGUAGGGUGCAACUAAUACAUUUAACAGCAAUUAACGAAGCCAUAAUUUCUAAGUGUAACGCGUGCCAAAAACUGAUGAUUCACCCCGAUUUUUCUCAAAAACUGAAUUUAUUUGAAAUGGCGAUAGGAUAGAGUUCUGAUUUCAAACUCAGAUUCAGCAACCUCGAAUAGGCUAGAUAUAUCUUAAUCAAAUGACCAGUCUAACACACAUGAAAACACCUGGAAAAGUGAGAAUUAUCACAGUUUAUGGAGCGAGAAAUCCAGCGUCCUCUCUCCUUGUCAUGGAGUUGCUACUCUGUGACUCCCUGUAUGAGAGAAAUGGUUUGGAGAUCAGAGUCUACGAUCCGAGGCCACAAACUUUGGAUUACCUCAAAGCACUCGUGUGGGACUUGGAAGGCGUCGACUGCUCCAAUAUACAUAAGAGAAGAAUUAUUCUAGCAGAAACUUCAGAUGAGGCCUUGAAGAAUGCUGAGUUGGUUGUCGUAAUGCUAGAAUCGGGGAGGAGAAAAGAUGAGCGACUCUAUUCGUGGUUGUUGCGAAAUUACGAGCUGAUGGCAGAAGUUGCUGAAAAUGUUGACAAAUUUUGCAUCACUUGUCCCCGAGUUGUCGUGACGUGCAUCAAACCUCUUUGUUUCAAUGCGCAUGCUCUCAUAAAAAAUUCGAGAAUUUUAGAGACAACACAAGUGGUUGCCUGUACCAAUUAUCUUGGUCUUGAAAUAUUGCCUUAUCUAACCACGGCAACCAGAAUACCAAUAGAGAAUAUAUUCGCCCCACCUGUGUGGGGCUACAUAGGUGUAAACCAGUUGGUGGACACUUGUCACACUAAAUGUAACUACAGUUUAUGGCAAAUUACAUCCGCUCUUGAUGUCAAUAAUCAGAGAAUAGAUGGAGAAAGAAAAGGCGAAGUUAGGCCUCCACCACCUCCCAUCAUUAACGAAGAGAGAGACCUUUGUUUCAGAUCUCACUCGUUCGAGUAUAUUUGGAGAUGGGUUGGUGAACAUAAGAGGACAACAAAGGAUAUCUAUGGUUGUGAUCCUUAUAUGUCACAAGUGAAUUCAACGGUUGAAAUUAUUAAAAUGUGGUUUGAUGGAGAUAAGAGACCAAAAACUGAAGUUUUAUCAGCUGGAAUUUUGUCUACAGGUUCGUACGGUAUCCCAAAGGGUAUAGUAUUUUCUCAGCCGGUUUUCCUCGAAGAUGGACAUUGGAAACCCUAUGAGGAGCUAGAAUUGCCUCACUUCCAGAUCAACCUCAGAUAUCUCACAACUUUACCACUGAUAAUCACCAGCAAAUUCGAACUGUGUCCUGAGGUUGAUCGUCUAAUUGAACCAUCCUUUUUUCCGGAAAAACUGAAAGCCAAAGCAAGAAAACUAACACUGGCCGAACAAAAGGAAAUGCUAAUGAAAGCAUUGGGUAUAGAAGACAAGAGAGUGACAGACAAAAACACAUUAACUGAAACCGCACUGGAAGAGAGAAACUUGAAGAUGUUGCAGAUAAAAGAGAAAUUGAAGAGUCUGCGUCAAGAUUUAAGGAUCAGAGAAAUGCAACAUCCAACAAGUUGGUAUAGAAGAGCGCUUUCGUUCACAAAAGAAAGGACGGAUAUGAAAAGUAGAGAUAAGAAAAAAGCUGAAAACUCAGAUGAUGAAAGCGGAAAUGAUAAGAAUAGUACUGAUAGUUUUGAAAUGGAGGUUGAAAAAUUCAUGGAGCAGCUCGAUAAAGAUAUAGAGGAUGUGCAGCCCUACUUUGAAUCACGGUUAAGCUCUGGCAAUAAGUUAUCUAUUCCGGUUUUGGAUGAAAAUUUGACAAAAGAAGAUUUGGAAAAAUUGUCUGACGCUGAUAUUUACAAAGAAAUAUUCACUGAUUACUAUUACAGAAAGAUGUUGGCCUUACAUGAUGAAGAUAACACAAUAGUUAUUGAUCAGUAAAUUAUCAAAAUCUGUUCUGAACUUUAUUUAUUUUUGAGAGGAAAAAUGAAUAAAAUAAUUAAGAAAUGAAUAAAAA